CGUACGUGCGUUUUUGUGUGAUGAGCCGGUGCUGUGUGGCUGAGCGAGGAGUGGUCAUGCAGUUGUAGGAAAUAAGCAUAGCACGUCAGUGCGGUAGAAGGCAGUAUUGUCAUAAUAUUUUGAUACGUCCGUGAGUUAGCGUUUAUAAAAGUGUAAUUCUGAUACAGCUCACAUUCAGUGGUGUUCGGUGGCAGCUCUGUGUUUGAAACUCUGCCAUCUGAAGGAUAAAACUGUAACUUCAUUCAAAUGAGAUAAAGGUAUGAACAGAAGAAAGGAAGUGAAGGUUGGAGAUUUGGAAGAAGGAAAAUGGCAUCCAGCUCUGUAAGUCAAGAGGAUCUGGAAAAUGAUUUUGAACUCUCAUCUCGACGAUCUCGAAUCCGAACUGCUCGUGCACGAACAGUGAAUCCUCCUGCUAGAAUUGAUCCGGGCGGUGGUGACUUCGAUGAUGGAGGAGGAGGUGGUGAUAUGAAAACUUCUGAGUCCCUUAACAUCAGUGGCAAUUUCCCAGCAGAGCAUGAUGCUAGCCCCAAGCCCCUCAGUCGAGCCAAGGAGAAACGAGUCAACAGGUGUGUUACUGUCAGACAACCUCUGACUGAACAUGUCAACAGAGCCAAUCAUAUGAACAAAGGAAAACAGCAGCAACGUGAUCGCAGGAAAUUGCGAGAGAAACGACGUAGCACUGGAGUAGUACACCUUCCCUCUACAGAGUCUACCGGAGGGAGCACAGGGGAGGAUGAGGAUGAGACUCAGACAGCGGAAACACGCCGAAACACACAACAUAAUGAACAGCUGCUGGAUCGUGAGCCAGGAGAGGAACGGUUACCUCACAAAACAUACCCACAAAGGAGGAACAAGAGCCCAUCUGAUCUGGAAGCUGAUGAUGAGGACAACCAAGAGUUCGACAGUCUAAAUCAGUCGGAUUCAACAGUAAGCAGCUUGAUGCAUGUAGCUGAGGCUCCUUGUCGGCCACGCCCUGGUACACCCACUGGGGACAAUCCAGAUGAGUUGUUAGAGCGAGCUCAAGAAGAAAAUCGACGUCUUCUAUCUCUUCUCGAGGAUCGGGAUAAUAAAAUAUUUGCACUAGAAGCUCGUAUCUAUCAACUUCAAAGAGAAAUGUCUCGAGAGAAAGAUAGACUUAGUGAAGAGAAUGCAGCACUCAUCAGGGCUAUGGCAUCACUUGCCACUGCAAAAUGAAUGGCAUCCUACUUCAUUGGCUUGAUAUUUAAAACAAUGUUAAUGCUUUCUUCAUAACUGAGUAAUUAUUCCUACAGCUUAAUUCUGUCUCUUAUGUCUCAGAUUAGGAAAGAUACUCUUUAAUCUAGAGCGAGUAAUAUCCCAGCUUCCAGGACACAGGCCUGGGCAAAGUUACACUGCAUGAUCCCUGACGAUCAAUGUACAGAAUUACUGGUUUCACAUAUUAAUGGUAUGCUGCAGCUACCAGUUUUCAUGUUUGUUAGAAUGUGCUCUUGGAUGAAAUGAAUUUUUUUAGAGGAUAUGGAUACAUAUAUAUUAUAUUUUCUGAAAGAACGUUGAAGAAAAUUAGUGCCAUGUGUGGCAGACUUAUGUUGUUGGAUUAUUUUGUGUAGGUAUAAGGUCAGUUAAACCUCUUAAUGUGUGCAUAAUGGAAUUAAAUGUCUACUUUUUUAUUUUAUACUGUAGGCAUCAUAUUGGUUUUAUCUCCCAUAAAAUUAAGUCAUAUAUUUAUUACUUAGAUAGAAUUCCAUAAUUCUCCAGUUUGAUUCCAGUGAAUGGUGAAAUACUAGCUACAUGAAAUGGUAUUAGAGAACUCCCUGUGUUUUUUUUUAUAAAGAAGUAUACAGAAGGAUGCAAAAUGUGUGGAAUCAUUUUGUUUUGAAAGUUGACCAAUAUUUCUCAUUUACAUAUUGGCAGGUUUUGCUGAGUUCAAUCUUGAAUGAACACACACAGUUUUAAGGGGUCAUCAGUUUCAAUACAAACUUGGUAGGCUAUGUACUCAUAAAUUUUAUAUGACUCCUGAUUAAUGAGUUUAAAACUAACCAUGUCAUGAAAUAUGUUUAAUUAACUUGCUAAUAUAGUAUGUAUUUAAGAACUUUAUCUCCCUGUAUUUUAAUACACAAAAAUUUGAAAUGUAAGAAGAUUGUUGUACUUAAUAGACUUAUUUGAUUUGUCGCAUUCUGGUCCAUCACACUGUUAAUUACAAAGUGGAUAAUUUUCAGGCAGUGUGACAUACAAGUUUACAACA